AUGGUGCAUCACGGCCAGGACGCCACCGAAAAGAGGACCCAUCCCUCCCAAGAGGAAACCAUUGCCGGAGUCCUCUACGAGUCUAUCAACGUUCCGAACCCCAUGAGCCUGGUCGUCAUCGGCCCCUAUUGCUCCGUCAAGGGCCAGGCUCCGAAGCAGUAUGCGACAAAAAUGGCUGAGGAGGGCUACUUUCGUGACCCCGAGAGGGACGUCGCGAAGCCGUAUACAAAGGCGCGUAUGGAACGAGCCAAGGAGGCCCGAGAGCUGUACGGCAAGAAGGGAGAGCUUGUAUACCAUCGUCUGGUCGACUCCAGGGCUGCCGACUCAUCCGUGGGCUCGCUGGCGGGUCUGCCUGGCCCGUUGACCGGGUCGCGGUACAGCCCUUAUACGCCCAAGGGGUUCGAGAAUCGGUAUGCUGUCCCGGACAUUGUCGACCGCAACAUGGAUGACAUUGCGGCUUGA